UUCAGGAAAAUGAGAAACUGCUCUUUCUGUCGGAGAUAAACUCGAUUUUUGGCAAUUUAGUGCCACAAUUUUGGUUUUCAGGAUACCGUACAAUGGUUCAAAAGUAUCAGUCGCCCGUGAGGGUGUAUAAGUUUCCGUUUGAGCUUGUAAUGGCCGCAUAUGAAAAACGUUUCCCCACUUGUCACAUGAUCCCGGUUUUUCUUGGAAGUGACAUCCUUUCUGAAUACAAAAGUGAUGACGGUGCAGUUUACAUAGUUGAAAGAAGAUGUCGCCUGAAUGUUGAUGCGCCAUACUUGUUGAAGAAGAUUGUUGGUGUGGAUUACGUCCAUUUCCGCCAGAAAAAUUCUCUUGACAGAAGAGAGAGGACACUCAAAAUCGAUGCAAAUAAUGAAAGUUUUUCUUCGAGGAUUAUUGUCAAAGAAAACUGCCAAUAUACGGUACAUCCAGACAACCCAGACUGGACAUGCUUUGAACAGCAAGCUAGUCUUGAUAUCAAGUCAUUCUUUGGAUUUGAGAGCACCGUUGAGAAGAUUGCCAUGAAACAGUAUUCAUCCAAUAUAAAAAAGGGUAAAGAAAUUAUUGAAUACUAUAUAAAUGAAAUUCUAAGUGAAGAGGGUCCGAUGCCACCUCGUUGGUUCCCCCCAGACAUGUCAGAGACUGAGAAAGAGAGAAGAAUGUCAGAACCAAAAGCCCUACCUCCUGUCGUACCAGAUGAGAACGAAUCAAAAGUUAUGGCAACGCUUCGGCGGCCGAGUACUCACCCAGAAGAGGACGCUGGGAGCCAAAGUGAUCUCGAACUCGGCGCCACUGCGGCAAACUUUGGGGCGACUGCUGCCGUUACUACCUCAGAUCUGAAAGAAGAUGCUAUAGCAAAAACUAAAAUUGACACCGAAUACAUCGAACGAUUCCUUGGCAAGCUGACGCCAGUGCAGGAGAGUCGGCUGAUUCAGUUACGCAAAUGGUUACAAGAAACUCAUAAAGAAAAGGUUCCCAAAGACACUCACAUUCUACGGUUUCUGAUCGCACGAGAUUUCAACCUGGACAAGACGCGAGAGAUGCUAUGUCAUUCCUUAGCCUGGCGUAAGCUUCAUCGCAUCGACCGUCUGCUUGAAACGUAUAAGAUGUCUCAUGUCAUGGAGAAGUUUUAUCCUGGAGGCUGGCAUUAUUAUGACAGGGAUGACCGUCCAUUGUACAUUCUUCGCCUUGGUGGCAUGGACGUCAAAGGUUUGAUAAAGGCGGUCGGCGAGGAGGGCAUUCUCAAACACGUACUUUCUGUGAAUGAGGAUGGCAUCAAACGGGCCGAGAAGGCCACCAAACUGAAAGGACACCCAGUCAGUGCAUGUACCUGUAUUGUUGAUCUCGAGGGUCUAAGCAUGAGGCAUCUAUGGCGACCCGGAAUCAGAGCACUGCUACGCAUCAUCGAGACAGUCGAGGCUAAUUACCCGGAGACAAUGGGCCGUCUGUUGAUUGUGCGUGCACCCAGGGUGUUCCCAGUGUUAUGGACGCUGAUUAAUCCAUUCAUCGACGAGAACACCCGCAAGAAAUUCAUGAUUUAUGGUGGCAAUGAUUACCAAGGUCCUGGCGGUCUUGUUGAUUAUAUCGACCAACAGUUCAUCCCCGAUUUCCUAGGUGGUGAUUGCUAUUGUGGAGUGCCGGAAGGUGGUCUUGUGCCCAAGUCUCUCUACCAGGCCGAGUGCCGUGAGCAUGAAGAGGACCUCGCCCCCGAGCCGCCUCUCUUCGCUGACAGCUUGUACCACACGGCGUAUAUCGUGAAGGAUUACCCACACGAGUUGUUGAUACAUGUGCCGGAGCGUGGUUGUGUGAUCACGUGGGACUUCGACAUCCUGAAGGGGGACGUAGUCUUCACGUUAUUACGCUGCCGUAAGCCUAUCUGUGAUGAACCCCACCAACACCACGUGCAUGGAGCUGUCGGGGGUAUUGGAUCAACGCAAUAUGUAGACAAGCGAUGGGUGGUUGGUGUCGAUAUCAGUAUUGUUUUAGCACCAUCUGUCUGUAGGGAUGGUGACAGUGUGCAGGGCUCACACGUAGCUAGUCAACCAGGGUCGUACCUCCUGCAGUGGAAAUCGUUUGAAUCUUCCAAGAGUCGCGCCCCUCACUCAUUUGACUUCUCACUCACCGGACACAAGUCAAAAGUCAUGUACUACACAGAAUUGAUCAACUCGCAUGACUUCAGGGGAUCAAUGUCAAGCCUGCAGUCCUGCCAGAGUAGCUUCUCCUCCCUGAGUAUCAACACGGGCCAGAGCGGCACCCAAGGCUCAUGUCCAUCAAGGUGACAAUCAAAGUCCAGCCCAAGCUCCAUGUAGAUGAGGUGAUGCGGAUUCUGGCAGCAGUUGCAGCUAUUCAGGAUGUCAUUAUUGCAGUGUGACAUCAAAGUUAUCAUGAACUUUUCAUCAAGGACCAAUUCAAGGUGUUAUUUUGUUCAGUCAAGGCUAUGUCAGUUGAAUUUAAAGGCCUACAUUGUUCAACCUUUUUCUUGUAGCUCAAGUAAAUAAAAACCUUUGCCCUGGUGCAAUGCACGAAAAUUAGCUAAAAAAAUCAUGAUAAAAGAUAAAAAGCCAAAUUUGUUUUUCUUUCCUCUAAAAAAGUUUAAAAAAGUUAUCAGGAGCUGGUGAAAAAUGUGCUUUUGGUUUGUUUUCGCAAUAUCAUUGUUUCUAGUCAUUUUGAAUUGUUGGUGUGCUCCUAUUAAAACAUCAAGUCAGCUGUUUCAAUGCCAUACAAAUAUUUUGGCAUUUAUAUUGUCUUAUCCACGAUGCCAAUCAAGAAAGUUUCUGGGUGCGAAAGGCAAUGUUAUACAAUGUCUUUCCUAUGUCAGCCUGACCCGUUAAAAACAAUUGGAAGAAAAGUUUUUUGGGAAAAGAUUUUCUUCAGAAACCAUCUUCAAAAUAAACUGCCAAAAGUUGGCAGGGGAAUAUCUGCUACAAGCUACCGGAACAAACGUUCAUCAAAAUGAGAUCCUUAAGGAGUUUGGGUGGUGAGGUUUUUGUUAUUAUCUUAUAUAUUAUUGUAGCUGGGUCUACAUAUGAUAAUGAUCUACAUUCAUGUAUUUAUAGGUACAUUGGGUGACUUCAAAGUGUGUAAACACAGGUGUAGACAGGAGCUUUGAAGUCACCCAUUCUGUUUCUGCCUGGGUUGGUUUGGUGUCUCUCAUCUUGAAUUGUCAACAAGUCGGUCGUAUCGAUGAUCACUUCAAUAUGCUGGACAAGGCGACUUGAUUGAGUGCUUCUAAUGAUGCAACCAAGAUUCGCUUUUAAUACAUGUAGGUAGCUAAAUCCUUCCACCAGUCAAAGAGAGUUAUUACCUCAUGUUUGCUUGAGAUCUCUUUCACACUGGGGUGUAUUGAUCUGUGAGAUCCCCAACCAAACCAGGCCGACACCGGCCAUGGUGUACUAUGCAUUUGUCCAAAAAUAUAUAAGCUCGCCUUAUAUAUUUUUGAUUUGUUGUUUGUGUUCAUGUAUAUUCAUAACAUUUUCUGAUUCUCUACUUCACGAGCCUGCUGGGACCAGGCUAAUAUACAAACUGUAAUCAUUCACUUUCUCUGGCUUGAAUCUUGUAAUGUCCAGGUAGUUAAAUCAUGAGAAACACCACUCACAUCAAAGGUUAAGAACUCAUUGCUCAACAGCUGUCAUUUGCACAUAGAGAUUGGACUUGGUGUGUUGCAUCCAUCUACUUCGAUGUCUAGUUAUCUGAAAAGAACAUGGCAAUUAGGGCCACUCAGAUAGCCAGGUAUUCAGAAAUCAAGAUCUCAAAUUUGGCAAUAUCUGUUUCAUCUAAUCUUGGAUGUAGAGUGAUGGUUCUUAUAUUAUGAGAAUAUUUUUGUAAUAAUCCCAGCUUUCAGAACCAAUGUGUACUGGUAAAGCAUUUACCAAUAUUUCCCACACAGUUCAGAUUUUGCUCAAUGAUAGUCUCCCUUGGCUGGAUUUUGAUAAUGACCUUGAGUGUAAGUAACCUUGAAGUUGAAGGUUACCUCUGACAAAGGUCAAAGUUAUAUUGAAUGAAAGCAUAAUGUUAAUGUAUAAUGAUAUAACACAGCAGUUCCUUGUGGGCACAUUUCAGUGAAGUCUUGAAGUUCAUUUCCUUUAGCAACAGGCUUAAAUCUGCCCCUAUGUAACUAGAGGCUUAUACCAGUAGUAUUUAUUCUUGAUGAUUCAUAACUCAUGUGUUUUUGCAUGGAAAUGAAUUUUUCAGUAUUUAUUUGUUACGUUUCCAAUGCAAGGUACCAGAGUUUCUCUGGUACAUGCAUGUCUGUGUGGCAUAUUUGCACUCGCAUGCACGGGGUGUGACUUGGCUCACCAAACAUAUUCUUGGUAUCUAUACUUUCUGUCAUUUGAAUUCACAGAAAAUUUAAGAAUCGGAUACUGUUACGAUCACUCAGUUUUCCCAUUUAUGGGGUCCUAGCAUGAUGUCGAAUGCUUCUAACCUUUAACAUCUUGUAUAGAAAACUUUUUCACUUCGCGUCCGAGCAUUUGUUGUUUUCAAGCCCACUUUGGGCAUAAUUCAGACUUGUUUUUUUUCUUCAUAUAAACAUUUCAACAAAACUUUUCCCUUUGAUAUUACAGGAUCCCAGCGAUGUCAAACUAAGUGAUUCUAAUUUCUAUUAAAUUCAGCAUAAUGUACUUUAAUUAUACACGGAAGCAAUAAAUAUUUCAUAUAUCGGGAGCAUUUUACAAUUCAUCUUGCAUCUUCCUGUUGUCAUAGAUCUUAGGAGUAGCAUUUUAUACUGCACUAUAACUAAAAAUAUAAUCUUUGCAUCCUGCCGUAAUCCAAGAACUGUGUGAUACGAACUGUGUAGGAAUGCAGUAGUUCUUCAUAACCAAUUGGUAUCAAGAUGAGAUAGACAUAACCAAGAAUUGAUCAAGUCUAGCCUUUAUUUAUUCUUGAUAUCACUUGUUUGAUAUGAAGUCCAUCAUUUUGCAUCAAGCUGAACCUAGGAAGGGUAAGGCCUACUAUCUUCAUGUCUGGCUACACCAACAAUAAUUGAAAGCAAGAAGCCCCUAUAUCUUGUCUUUGCAAUUCUUUUCAAUAGAUGUGAUACAGGUCUGACUUAGGCCUAAUAUGAUGCUUGCCUUGGGGUUGUAUCAGUGGCAAGUGCCUCGGAAACAUUCCAGUAGCCUUUAUCUGACUACACUGCAAGUAACCUCUUAGUCACUGAGGAACCUCCUCUCAGGCACAGCUUGGUGUACAUGUACAUGUAUAUGAAAUGGACAGGACAGUAUUCAGGGAGGACUUUAUAUAUACGGUGUGUUAAAGAGAGAAAAACCCAUUUCAAAGGUGAAAAAAGUGCAUUGGUGAUAUGAACAGAAGGCUUUGGCAUCUGUCAAUGUCUUAACCAUCUUUAGCUCAAAGGAAGGAGACUGUAAAAUGAUUGUGUGGUGCUGUCAAUGCCUUUGCAGUCGUGUUACUGCAGCAUUCUGUGACUGAAUCAAACUGGUGUUUACAGUGUACAUGCAUAUCGUUUGGACCCCAUCCCACCUUCACCAUCAAUGCCAAUUCGUGUAUUUGUAAUAUAUGAAUCACAAGAGGCAAUUCUGUUGCCUUCAGCAAUGCAAUGAUCUCAAAAUGUUGUGUUUUCAAUUACCGGUAACACGAGCAUUUCAUCACGUUCAUUCCUCAUGUUCAAAUUGACAGAACUAAGGUGUAACAUGCCGAUAUACAGUUGUGAGCUCAAUGAUUUGUGACUAUGUGAUUUUAAAAGUUUGUGUUAUAAAUAUGUCGUUACAGUCAUGAUAAUCCAUGUCAUUGAACUUCCUUUGUAUUUAUUUGUAUUGCUGCAAGAGGAUAUUUGAUUGGUUGUCUGCUUCUUAAUGUUUUGUUUACGUUUUGCUGUUCAGUGUAGGAUAUAAUGUCUUAUGGUGGAGUUUUGUGCUGUUAUCUAUUAACCGAGAUCUGGUCAAUGCACAGCCUCUAACACUGGACUGUUUGAGUUGUGCAGUUGAAACAUCAGUGCCUGUCACCUCGGAGGUCCCAGGUUCCAUUUUCAGUUACACUCUUGUGAUAGAGGUUUCCUUCAGAUUCACGGUUACUAGUGAUGUAUUGGUCCCAUGCACUGUUGAUAUCCAGUGCUUUUCGAUUCAUUUGUAUCAAGUGUAUUGUCCAGUGAAUUGUCAAUGGUGCAUGUACAGUGAUGUGUGAGUUCAAUGUUUCGUGCGAGUUCAAUGUUACGUGUGGUUUUAAGUUUUAUUUAACUGAUCUCACCCGAGUGCAUUGAAAAUGAUGAUAUGAUUUCACUAUGUCUCUUGUCAAUGUAAGUCGAUAAGGUCUCAUGUGGUAUGGGACAGGUGUGUAAGCUAAUUCAUGAACACCAAAAACAGGGGCAUUGAAAUGAACAUUCUCAUCUUGACCUACACUGUCUCGACUUGACCCUUAAAAACUUGUUACUCAUAAUAAGUCUGUCUGUGUACAUGUUGCAGAUGACUUGGCUUGAAGUCUUUUUGGGCUGUGUGUAGGCCCUGAAUAUGUACAUAUUCAGUUGGCAACUGUUCUGGCUAGGGCUAUAGAGUUAUGUUGUAUACAGCAUGUCUAAUACACUACAUGUACACAUGAUUCAAACAAAAGUAAAAAAAUAACAAGGAGAGCAUAUUUAUUUAUAAUUUCAAUGUUUCUGCACUUGGUUCACUUAAUUUAUUUAUAUGUUGUUAGCUUACACACCUGUCCUGUGAAUCCCAAUCGGUUUGCAGCAAGGCCUGUCGUCUGCUACACUAUUAAGUAUGACACCAUCAUUAUCAUUUUGAGUCAAAACUUGAUGGCUUUGUGAGUUGUCCUGUAAGCUAUUUAUGGAAAUUUUCUUUAUCAUUUGAAUGGUCUUUAGUUAGUGUAACAGUGUAGUAGCGAAACGAUUUGUUUUAGAUACAUUUGUGGAUAUGUAUUGUGGUCUUUCAUCGUGCAGUGCGUGUAGUUGUAACUUUCUCUCAAAAUUUAUCAUUUGGACAUGAAGUAUUUGCAAGUGUAGAAUGGACAUCUAUUCUGUUUAAAAAUUUGAUUUAUUGUGCUUAGUGUACCAAACAUUUGGAUGUGUGUUGUUUGUUUGUUUUGUAGGAUUAAAAUCUGUUUGUUAAAUUAUGAAAAGACAAAAGGUGCUUAAACUAGAAAAUGUUUUGAACGGGUCCUCAAAAGUGCAAUUAAAAGAGAGACACAACCUUUCAAUUUUCACUGCAUUUCUUUAAAGAGUUCUGAUAUUUAGAACGCAGUGUACUUUUACACUAUUCGGCCAAAAUUAGUACAUGUAAGUUGUGAGCCAAUGAUUAUAACCAAGCAUCUGUACUUGUUAUAACUGACAGGAUAAAGUUUAACAUUUUUGCAUUUAGUCAAACUCGAAGGAAUUUGACGUUCUGUGGCCAAAAUUAUUAGUCAGUUGUGGGCAUAAAUUGGGACUGAUAGGAUGAAGUUUUACAACGAGCAUGAUUGUAUUCAUGGCUUGUCUCCUUGCAAUAUGUUUGUAGUUGAAAGAGUGGAUUAGUAAAUUGUAAUGGAUUGUGACUGUGACUGUUUUGUAUUGCCUGUUAGUCAUGUUAGUGUUUGAACUUGGCAAAGUUUUUGACAUGAAGCUCUAUCUAGUGGCCUUGGUUUGCUGAUUUUGAGGCAUCGUCCUGAGGAGCCAGUGGGUGUUAGAGCCUGUCAACUAUUGCACUGUAAACUUAAUCCCACAUGGCGAUUCCUUACUUGACUUGCUUUAACUUCUAAGCCCUGGUUGUCCGGACCAGCUCAUAUUGUUUUGGUUGCAACAAUUAAUCAGUUUGGGUUUGGUCAAGGUUGUAUCAUACUGUAUAUCAUGUAAAUAAAGUAAAAUAAAAGAAA